AUGUGGCCGGCCGGGGCGGGCGGCAGGCUGCCCUGCCCUCGGGACGCGGCGCUGCGGCGGGCGGCGUUCUCCGGCAACCUCUCUGCGCUGCCGUCCCACCUGGUGCCGAGCGGCAGGAGCGUCCGCGUCUUCAUCAGCGCCAACCCCGAAGAUACAAUAGCAGAAAGGAGGGCCCUAAGAGAACAUGUGUAUCCUAAGCUGAGGGAAUUCUGCAGAGAAAACUAUGGCCUGGAAUUUCAGGUCAUAGACUUGUACUGGGGAGUUGAAGCAGACGAAUGGGACAGUCCUGAGCUGCAAAAGACUCGCAUGAAGCUGCUUGAAGAUUGUUUGAAAAGUUCUGCAGGUCCAUGUUUUGUUGGCCUAUUGGGAGAGAAGUAUGGGAACAUCCGAAUACCGGGGGAAGUUGAGUCAGCAGAAUUUGAAAUGAUCCUGGAUGCUGCUAUAGAGGCCAAGCUAGAGACAAGGAUUUUGGAAGAGUGGUACUGCAGGGAUGAGAACGCAGUGCCACCAGCAUAUUAUCUCAGACCAAAAUCAGAAAUGCUGAAGAACUACCAGAAUACGAUGGAAUCUUCUUCGAAUUCUAUGAAUGAGAACAAAUGGCAAGAUAUAUCAGAAGAGAUUAAGAAGAUUUUUAAGACUGCUGUAAAAUUGCUAUAUGAGAAAGGAAAAAUGAAACACAGCCAAGCGAAGAGAUAUCUUUCCUCUGCUAUUGAAGAUGAACUUGAUUUUGCCUUGGGUAAACAAACACCAGCUUUCCUAAAGAAGUGUGUUUGUUACAUCCGGAAAAUUGCCAACAUUGAGCGUUUUGUUAAAAUUCCAGAGAUGGGAAAAUACAUGGACGUGGUACAUAAAGCUGGAAAGUUUCUACGAGAUCCUGAAGCCCAUGAGAAACUGAUCAAGCUCAGGGAUGAAUUCAUUCCUACCAUUGUCGCAUCAUCCAAUCUGAGAGUGUACACAUCCGUCACCCACUGUGACAUGAAACUGGGUUACUCCCAAGAAGUGGAGAGCCAUUACAUUGAAGGACUUGGUAAACAGUUCUAUGAAGACAUGAUUGAUAUAAUCCAAGCUACAGUGCAGCAGAAUUUUGACACGGAGACAGACAUGCUGUACGAUGAAGUUCUUCAACACUCAUCGCUAUGUAAAACAUACUCCACUUUUUAUGAAUAUAGAUGUGAGGCAUUAAACAUAGUUCACAAAUACAUUUUACCUAGAAAAAUAGGACACAUUAACCCUCUUAUCAUAUAUGGAGGACCAUGCACAGGGAAGACUCUUUUGCUAGCUGAAGCAGCAAAGAAGGCCUAUUCCUGGUUGCAAGAAGAGAUGGGACCAGAUUCAGACCCCGUGGUAGUUAUAAGAUUUUUGGGAUCCACUGAAACAAGUACAGAUCUGAAGAAUAUACUUCAAAGCAUAUGUGAACAACUAGCAGUCAACUAUCGUUGCCUUGUACAAAGUUACCCAAAAAAGAUUCAUGACCUUCGGGACUUGUUCAUAAAUCUCUUGAAUGAGUCUUCAUUUCACAGGCCACUGGUGAUUAUAUUUGAUGCUUUAGAACAGCUAACAGAUAGUGAUGAUGGUAGGAAGCUCUGGUGGCUUCCCAUUCACCUUCCACGUUCAGUACGGAUAAUUUUGUCAACACUGCCAAACAAGCAUGGGAUCCUGCAAAAAUUGAGGUGCCUUAUUCAUGAAGAAAGCAACUAUAUUGAAUUGACUGCAAGGGACAGAAAGAUGUGUAGUCAAGUACUGAAACAUCAGCUGCUGCGAGUUAAAAGGAAAGUAACAUCAGGGCAACAAAUCUAUGUCAAUGAGGCAUUCUCCAAGUGCACACUGCCUAUGUUUGUGAACUUAACCUUCAGAGAGGUCAGGCACUGGAGAUCUCAUAAGGAUGUGGAUGAGUCCUCCCUCUGUGUUACUGUCCAUGAAAGCAUAGAGCAGCUGUUUUGGUCACUGGAAAACAAGUGUGGGUCAAGACUAUUGUCAAGAGCACUUGGCUACAUCACUAUGUCCAAAUCUGGCCUGAGUGAAAUGGAACUGGAGGAUAUUUUAGCCCUUGACAACAGUGUUAUGUAUGAACUGAAUGAGAGAGUCAGAGAGAGUAACCCACUGAGAAUUCCAUAUAUAUACAUUGCAAGACUUAAGGAGGGCUUACAGGGGUAUUUAAUAGAGCGACAGGUGAAAAAUGUAACGCUGCUUCUUUGGGCAAAUAGGCACUUGCAACUAAUUGCCCAGAAAUUGUACCUGCACAAUGAAGAAGACUUGCGUGAAAUGCACACAGUCAUGGCAGAGUAUUUCCUUGGUGUUUGGUCAGGUGGACGAAGAAAACCUUUUUACAGCAAUGACCAAUAUCUGAGUGGUUGUCCUGGCCAUGAGAGUAGAGGCCUGAAUGAGGAUGAAAAGCACUGCAUGGAUCAGGCUGCUUUUGACAGGCAGGCACCAGAUCAGCCAUGGGUCUUCCAGUGUAACCCAUUGGAACCUGAUAUCUUUUUUAUUAAUCACAGAAAAAUGACAGAGCUUAUUCAUCACUUAACAAGAUGUGGAAGAACUGAUGAUCUUCUGUACGGAGUCAUCAUGAACUUCAGCUGGCUGUACACCAUGAUCAGAAUAGGGCAGUUUGAUAAAGCACUUUCUGACAUAGACCUGGCUUACACUUACUCCCAAGAAAAGGAGCUGAAAUUUCUGGCCAGUACCCUCCGCAGUAUAAAGUUCAAAGUAGUAAAAUACCCAGGUUCACUCUCAGCUGAAUUACAGCAGAGACUUCUCCCAGUAGUAAGUUCAUUGCCCAAACUCAGACAUCUCCUUCUAGAAUGUGACAAGGAUGGACCCAAGUACUGCUCUAUCGUCCCUUUGCAUUCCUCCAUGGAUGUGACUUACAGCCCUGAGCGCCUGCCACUGUCAUCCAGCUGCAUGCAUGUCACUGAGAUUUUGCCUACAUUUAAUCCCAGCACAAUUAUUGCUGCUUUAGAAAAUGGCUCCAUUAGCACCUGGGAUGUAGAAACCCGCCAGUUACUAAGGCAAAUUACAACAGCUCCCUCUGUUAUCUUAGGGAUGAAGCUUACAAGUGAUGAAAAGUACCUUGUAGUAGCUACAACAAACAACACUCUUUUGAUAUAUGAUAACAUAAAUUCCUGUCUUCUGUCUGAGGUGGAAAUUAAGGGGUCAAAACACUGUGGAAUUGCAGGGGACUCCAGUUUUAUAAAUGGAUUUACAUUAUCGGUCAACCAUGCGCUUGCUUGGCUGGAGGCCAGUAAAGAUGUUACUGUAAUAGAUCUGCUUUAUGGUUGGCCUCUCUAUCACUUCCACUGCUGGUACGAAGUGACCUGCGUGCAGUGUUCUCCAGAUGGAGUUUAUGCAUUCUGCGGGCAGUACUUGAACACCGCGACCAUUUUCCACUUGGGCAGUGGAGAGAAGCUGACCACUGUGACCUCUGAAUUUUCAAGUGGAUUUGUGAAAUUCCUUCUCAUUUUGGACACAGCCCAAGAAAUGGUGAUGGUGGACAGUGAAGGUAGCCUCUCUGUUUGGAAUACAGAGGAAAUUGCAAAACCCCAGCUUACAGAUGACUUUGACUGCAGAAGAGAAGACAGCGAAGUUGUCAGCAUAGAACUUUCUGAAGACCAAAGUGCAAUUUUAAUUUGUAAGGCUCUCAGCAUUGAGCUUCUUGACACUCGUGUGUGGAAGGUGGCUGAAAAGUUUAGAGCUAAACACAAUGAGCGCUUUAUAUCUGCCGUGUUGUCCAAAAAUGGCAACUGUAUAAUUGCUUCAAUGGAAAAUACCUCAGCCAUUUUUGUUUGGAGAAGAGAUACUGGACAGUGUAUGGCAAGCUUACAGGAAAUCUCAGGAACUAUAGUCAGGCUAAUUAAAUCAAAACAUCAUAACAUGCUGCUAUCCUUAUCCACCAGUGGUGUCCUUUCUAUCUGGGAUAUAGACAUCAUAACUGCUAUGUCCAAUAUUGACAAAUCUGGCAAACCUAUCCAAAGACUGGUGUUGCCAGCCAGAGGUGAAUUAAUAUACACAUUGGAUGGAUCAGAUUCUGUCCAUAAGUGGAACUUCAGCACUGGAUUUAUUGAAGCUGUGUUCAAGCAUGAAGGUAUUGUUGAAAACUGUGUGCUGACCUCUUCUGGAGAGAUAAUGGUAACUUCAGAUGAUAAAUGCAGCCAGUAUGUAUGGCACACGGUUAGUGGUGAAAAUAUCUUUCGCAUUAAUGGACAAAAAAUAUCAGAGCUAAUGAUUACUCAUAAUGAUCAGUUUGUCGUCUCUCUCUGUGAGCAAAAUGCAUCCAGAGUUUGGCGACUGGCUACAGGACAUAGGGUUUGCAAUAUUUUAGUUGCCUUACAGAAUGCAUUUAUAACAACUGCAAAUACAUUUGUAGUUGGAAUGGCAAAAAACAAAGUGUUGGCAGUGAGUCUCUGGACAGGCAGUAUAACAAAGAAAUUUUGCUGUGAUGAUGGUGCAAGCAUUGUGGAUAUUAAGUUGAUACCAGACUGCCCAGACAUUGUAGUAUUUAUAACUUCUACUGAAACUGUGAACAUUUGGAGCCUAACAGAGGAAGUCAUCUGCAGACGUGUACAAUUGCCCACCAACUUCUUAAAAAAAUUGGAAGACUUUGAAAUAUCUCCAAAUGGGAAGCUGGGAAUUAUAACCCGUGGUGAUGAGAACAUCAACGUGCUUGAUUUAUACAGCGGCAAACUUCGUGUGGUUCACGCUCCGGGUGUCAUCUGGCGGCAGAGGCUGUCUCGCGAUGGCCGCUACCUGGUGUACAUUUGUUGUCGCGGGGAAGAAGAUGAUGAUAAUGGUGCAGUCUCUAGUUUAAUUGUAAUGAGGCUAGCAGAUGGCAAAAACAUCGGUGCCUGUUCCCUUUAUAAAACUCCCACUUUUCUUGCACUCUCACAGAGACAUUUAAACAUUAUUAUUGGAUUUGAUGAUGGAAGUAUAGGUACUUACACUGUAGUGGAUCGUGUUGAUGCUGCACUGAAAAUCAAAAUUGCUACUUCAAACAGCCGUCAGAUUUUCAACAACACAACACAAGUGAUUAGGCCAAAGUGUCACAAUUAUAGUUUCAAAGUCACUGCAGACUGCAUUUGGAGGGAAUCAACAGAAGUAUUUGCAAGGGAUAGCCCCAUCACAGUUACAGAGGCUGAGGUGAGUGAAGCAACACCAACCAAAAGACACAGCUACUGCUAUGAGAAAGUGUGCUCAGCCAUAGAUUGCAGAGGACACAGUUUUGCAUCUGACAACUGA